AUGGUUUUGUUCAUCUGGCUGGCAAUAGUGCUUAUUGAUUCCAAGACACUCAGCACCACAGCAUCUACUGCCGCUUUUGAUAAGAAUCCACAAAGUAAGGAGAGAGGAAUCACCUUGGAUCUUGGAUUUUCUUCAUUUUCUGUUGAUGUUCCUGAUCAUAUAUCAACCAGUGAUUAUAACAAACUACAGUUCACCUUAGUUGAUUGUCCAGGCCAUGCCUCUCUGAUAAAGACCAUCAUUGGGGGAGCACAGAUCAUCGAUCUCAUGAUGUUAGUCAUAGAUGUAACAAAGGGAAUGCAAACACAAUCAGCUGAGUGUCUGGUGAUAGGUCAAAUUGCUUGUGAGAAAAUGUUUGUUGUCCUUAACAAAGUAGAUCUUCUUCCACCAGAAAAAAAGAAGCAGCAAAUAGAGAAGAUGACUAAAAGAAUGCUGAAGACAUUGGAGCCUACCAAGUUUGCCAAUUGUCCUGUGAUUGCUGUAGCAGCUAAACCAGGUGGACCCGAUGCACCAGAUGAAGGAGCACAAGGAAUACAAACACUCAUUGAGGAGUUGAAGCGGCAAACGUACAUCCCCAAGCGUGAUUCCUCUGGUCCCUUCCUGUACUCGGUUGACCAUUGUUUUGGUAUUAGAGGUCAAGGUACUGUAAUGACUGGUACAGUACUCAGUGGCAAAGUCAACAUAAGUGAUAAUGUUGAAGUACCAUCACUUCAGAUUACUCGUAAAGUUAAAUCCAUGCAGAUGUUUCGUAAACCGGUCAAUGCAGCUAUCCAGGGUGAUCGUGUGGCUCUUUGUGUUACUCAGUUUGAUCCAAAGCUCUUGGAGAGGGGAUUAGUCUCUGCUCCAGGGAUACUACCAAUAAUAAGCGCUGCCAUUGUAUCAGUACACAGGAUACCAUACUUCAAAGGAACCUGUGCAACAAAGGCAAAAUUUCAUGUAACAAUGGGCCAUGAGACCGUUAUGUGUAAGGUAUCAUUCUUUGGACCUGCUCCAGGUCUUCAAUAUCAACCACAUGAUCAAGCUUCAGAGUUCAACUUUGAAUCAGAAUACCUGUAUGAAGAAGAAUUGCACACAGCUGAUAGGAGCAAAGAGGAGCAGAACAAGGAGAACAUUCCAGGAGCCGCCAGUGAAGGAGACAAGGAGACCUUGCCAGCUCAACAGUGGGCCUUGCUAGAAUUUGAAAAGCCAGUAGCUUGUCCAAGGAACUGUUUGGUCAUUGGCUCAAAAUUAGAUACAGAUAUUCAUGCCAAUACUUGUAGAUUAGCAUUCCAUGGGAAACUUUUAAAUGCAAUAACAGACAAGAAUUAUGUUGAAACAGUACUACCUAAACUGAAGAUCUAUAAAACUAAACAAAGAGAAGGACUUGUAGACAGAAUGACUGAUGAGUAUUGUGUAAUUGGGAGAUCAUUGUUCAAGAAGGAAACCAACCUACAAACCUUUACUGGUCUCAAGGUUCAACUCUCAACUGGCGAGGAGGGUAUUAUAGAGGGAGGAUUCGGACAGAGUGGAAAAUUCAAAGUCAGAAUACCAAAUGGAUUACAGUCAGAUACAGUGCAGAUGCUCAGUGCAUUAGGUGGAAAGAAGAAAGGAAAGAGAGCCAAAGCAGAAUCUAGCCAAGAACCAAGUGCAGCCAAAGAGUCACAUGAAGAUCAUCAACCAAUCAAAAUCAGCCUGAGAUUCAAGAGAUACAUUUAUGAUGCGAAGAAACAGAUGAUUCAGAAGUGACAUCAGUUUAUCAGUUAUUUAAAGACUGUGCUAGACUUUAAGACAAGACUUGAUGGAUGACAAUAAAGAUUGUGGGCUAAUACACCAAACACAAACAUACAAGCUGUUAAUGAAGAACUGAUGAUGGUUCAUUGAUUCUAUAAUUAGAACUAUAACCAGCUUCCCAUCUACCUUGCCUAGUCUUAUCGACUGGUUUAAUCGUGUUGUGUUGCACUUAAAACAACAAUUCAAAUUUGAUGAUUUGAUUCAAGUGAGAGCAGAAAAAUAAGAAAAACAGAUGAGUGAAAGAUUGAAAAAUAAGGUAACUAUUCCAUUUAAUUCAAUUCAAUUUUAUUUUCCACAUAUUGAGUAAAAAACAUACAAUAUUAGUACAAUCGAAUACAUAGAUAAUAACAAUACAAGUAUAAAUAGUUACAAUAUAUUACAUAAAAAACACAAAGAAGAUCAAAAUGUGGAGGGGAUUGACAAAGGCCAUAUUGAUCUAUCAAGGUCAAUCCCCAAUGAAAGAAAAAAAAAUGGAAUACAUAAAUUACAUAUGAAAAAAAAAGAUACUUGACCUCAAAACCCCAGACAAAUCUGUGCAAAUCUCAAAUUGAUAAUGUAUUAUUACCAUUCUUUUCCCCUUUUUUACUCUAUAUAAUAAAUUUUUAUUUCAUUCUCAGUGCCUUGGUCUUCAGAGUAGAAUCCUUAUUAUGUUAUAGAAGAAGUUAUAUUACUCAUUGGCACAGCUUCUCCAAAUUUUUCAUCCUUCUGUACGACUUGGUCCCGCAAUUGGCUUUCUCUUUAGACAAUGAACAUCUCAGAGCCUUUAUUUUUCAAUAAAUUGUCUCAUUUGAAUAUGCCAACAAUGUCAUUCUUUUUAACUUGUCAAUCAUGAUUUUAACUUAAAAACAUUGUCCACCAGUUUACCUGUACAUUAACUGUCACUGGUAUUCCAUUAAACCCAACUCUUACAUCUCUGCAAGGGGAAAAUGUUGCCACCAUAUGUUCUCCACAAUAGUUUGAGACGAACUGUAUGAUGCUCAAUUGGAUUUCUGUGAUGUGUUGAAAAUAAUAUUAUAUUGUUGGUUUUGAAGAAAAAAAAAUUGAAACAUGUUCAUCAUGAUUUCAUUAACCUUAAUGAAAUGAACCUAAAUGAAAAUGAACAACAACAAAAUUUCUUACAGUACAGAGAUCAAAUUGCCAUUAUUUUCUUUUAAUGAAUGAUAUUGCUAACUCUACAUAAUCUUUAUGAAUCCAGUUCUUAAUUAUUUCUUAAGUGACGAUGCUAUGGUUUGAUAUGAACCCAUAUUCGUUUCUAUGAAAUAUAUUCAUAAAAUAUAAAUUGGAGGCAUUUUGAAUCAGUAUGUAUUUCCCUGGUAUGGAGUUGGAUUCCUGCUGUACCACUUGCACUCAUUGGUGAGUCAUAAAUCUAACUUUGCCUCUCUUCACCCAUGUGUUGUAGGCAAACCUGUAAGACACAUCAGUCGAUGGUGUGAUAGCUGCAGUUAUGUCUUUAAACUAUAUUCCUGUAUUUUAUUUUAUGAUCGUCAUACUCAUGUUUGUCAAAGAAAACUAUGAAAUUGCACAGUGAUACUUUGCAUGAAAUUAUUUUGAAAUACAUUGUAUUUUGUGAUUUUUACAAAUAAAAGUAUAUUAUACUAUAUGAUAGUAACAAGAA